AUGACCCCGACGACAACAACACCACCACCAACAUCAUCUCGGCACGCACCCCCGCCACCUGCCCAAGACAAGACGCAGAAUCGCUCCGCGCCGGCUCCUCCUUCCACAGACAACGAAGCCGCCUACAGCGUCAACCAUGAGCAGGAUCGUGAGCGCUGGUGGACGAUCCACCUCUUCCGUGGCAUUCUCCGCGAUCUUCGCCGUCGCGCCCCGUACUACGCCAGCGACUGGACCGAUGCCUGGGACUAUCGCGUCGUCCCGGCCACCGUCUACAUGUACUUUGCCAACAUCCUUCCCGCGCUGGCUUUCUCCCUCGACAUGUUCGCCAGCACCGACUCGAGCUUCGGUGUGAAUGAGGUUCUCCUCGCUUCUGUCCUUGGUUCUGUCCUUUUCGCCCUCUUUUCAUGCCAGCCUCUUGUCAUCGUUGGUGUUACUGGUCCUAUCACCGUCUUCAACUACACCGUGUACAAUAUCAUGCAGCCCACCGGCGUCAAUUACCUGGGCUUCAUGUGCUGGAUCGGAAUAUGGUCCCUUAUCCUCCACUGGAUCCUCGCCAUCACAAACUCGUGCAACUGGCUCCGCUGGGUGACCCGCUUUCCCUGCGACAUCUUCGGCUUCUACGUCGCCUUCAUCUACCUCCAAAAGGGCAUCCAGGUCCUCGAGCGGCUCGGCGAUGGCGAUGGCGAUGCCUUCUACCUCUCCAUCGUCGCCGCCCUCCUCGUCUUCAUGGUGGCCUACGUCCUCGGCGAGCUGGGUUCCGCCACCGCCCUCUUCCACCACCACGUUCGCGUUUUCCUCCGCGACUACGGGACGCCUCUCACCAUCAUCUUCUUUACCGGCUUCGUCCAUCUUGGCCGCAUGGGGGAUACACCCCUCGAAGUCCUCCCGACCGGCACCGCGUUUAUGCCCACCGCUGACCGGAACUGGGUGGUGCCCUUUUGGGACCUGUCUGUCGGCGACAUCUUUCUUGCCCUUCCGUUUGCUGUUCUUCUGACCAUUUUGUUCUGGUUCGAUCAUAAUGUAUCCUCCCUCAUCGCCCAGGGCACCGAGUUCCCCCUCCGCAAACCCCCCGGUUUCCACUGGGACAUAUUCCUCCUCGGCCUCAUCAUCGGCAUCUCCGGCAUCCUAGGGCUCCCAUUCCCCAACGGCCUGAUCCCGCAAGCCCCCUUCCACACCGAAGCCCUCACCGUCCGCCGCGUCCUCCCGAUACUGGACGAAAAGGGCCAACCGACCGGCGGCCACGUCGUCGAGCCCACCCACGUAGUCGAGCAGCGCGUCUCCAACCUCGCCCAAGGCCUGCUGACCCUCGUGACCAUGACAGCGCCGCUGCUCACCGUGCUGCACCUCGUCCCCCACGGCGUCCUGGCCGGCCUCUUCUUCAUCAUGGGCGUCCAGGCCCUCAUCGACAACGGCAUGACCGCGAAGAUGCUCUACCUCGCCCGCGACCGCACCCUCACAUCGCCGUCCCACCCCCUGCGCGCCCUGCCGCGCCGCCGCGCCAUCUGGGCCUUCGUCGCCGUCGAGCUCUUCGCCUUUGGCGCCACCUUCGCCAUCACCCAGACCAUCGCGGCCGUGGGGUUCCCCGUCGUCAUCAUGCUGCUGAUCCCCGUCCGCGCUCUGCUCCUGCCGAAAUGGUUCACGGCCAAGGAGCUCGCCACGCUGGACGCCCCCACGGCGUCGCCUUUCACCAUGGAGAAUGUCGGUGGGGGGUCGUUUGGGGGCGCGUCGGGACGUUCGUCUAUUGAUGACGGUCGCGGCGGCGCUUCGGAUGGGGUGGGAGGACUAUCCCGUUCUAGUAGCGCUGCUGUCGGCUGGGAACAGAACCGGGACGAGAGGUCCCGGUCGCGCCUUGGCCGGAGGAGGACGAGGAGCCAGGAGGGACUUGCGGAGGAAGGGUUUGCAUCCCGCCGGUCAUCUAUCCAGCGGGGAGCAUAUUGA